AUGAACUGGCCCCAUUUAAAGGACCUCACCCUCGCCGAUCAGGACUUCGCGGGAUCCGCUCCGAUUGACGUUCUCAUUGGUGCCGAACUCUUCGGCUCCUUAAUUCUCGACGGAGUUCGUAAGGGCGCCGCGAACGAGCCAAUAGCCCAAAAUACGGUGUUAGGCUGGAUUAUCUCCGGCCCAACGGGAGGAGCGCGUUCGAGCCAAAGGAUCGACGUACAUCAUGCCUCAGUGGAUGAAGAUCUCGAUUUCAACAUUCGACGCUUCUGGGAGGUGGAAGAAAUUCCCCGCACGUCCCUAUUAACUCCUGAGGACCAAGCGUGUGAGGAGCAUUUUCUCCGCACACAUUACCGAAAUCCCGACGGUCGCUACGUUGUCCGAUUACCCUUUAAAAGGGGACCUCCGAUUUCCAUAGGAGAGUCUAGCCGGUCGGCUCUCCAAAGUUACCUUCGCGCAGAAAAUCGUUUAAAACGAGAGCCAGCUAAAGCCGCCGAAUAUUACGCUUUCUUAAAGGAAUAUGCUGACCUGGAGCAUAUGCAACUAGUUCCUGACACCGAGGAGUCGACUGAUCCGACACAGAUCGUCUACAUCCCUCAUCACGCUGUCUUCCGGGAGGGUAGCACAACGACGCGAAUUCGUGUUGUAUUCAACGCGUCCAGUCCAACCACCAACGGCACCUCUCUUAACGACCACCUCCUUGUCGGCCCUAAGCUACAAACGAAUCUCGCUGCCGUCACCCUGCAGUGGCGUCUGUAUCGCUACGUCUAUUCUGCUGAUGUGACUAAAAUGUACCGACAGAUUCUGGUAAAUCCCCUCGAUUGUGACUACCAACGGAUUUUCUGGCGGCCCGAUCCCGACUCCCCCGUUUUGGCCUAUCGCUUAUGCACGGUCACAUAUGGUACUGCCGCUGCCCCGUUCUUGGCACUGAAAGUCACAUUACAACUCGUCGUCGACCACGGAGCUGCGUUUCCACUCGCCAUUCCGGUGCUUCAACGAAAACGAUACAUCGACGAUUUUACCUUUGGUGCGGAUGACCAAACCCUCGCGCGGCAGACUCGCGAUCAAGUCGUUGCGAUCAUGGCGAAAGGUGGGUUCACUCUGCGUAAGUGGGCGAGCAACUCAUCUGACCUCCUCGAUGACAUCGACCCUGCUGAUCACGGCCUUGCUCAAGCUCGAGAACUUCGCGAAGAUGAAAGAAUAAAAAUCCUCGGUCUCAGUUGGAACCCGAACCGCGAUGUCUUCCAGUUUCAAGUGAAAGGAUCACCCACCCUGGGAGAAACCAAGCGUAAAAUUCUAUCCGAGAUUGCCAAAUUUUUCGAUCCCCUCGGAUGGGCUACUCCAGUUGUUAUUCGGGCAAAAAUUUUUAUGCAACAACUGUGGGCGUCGAAGUGCAGUUGGGACGAACCAGUUCCGUCCGACCUUCUUACGCAAUGGCGCCGCUACUACGAGCAACUUCCGGAACUGGAAAAAAUCACCAUCCCACGCUGGACUCAAUACGGCCCUCAUACACUCGACAAGGCGUUACAUGGAUUUUCCGACGCUUCCACCACGGCCUAUGCGGCGGUAGUCUACAUGCGCACCGUGUCGAUGGACGGUACGGUGACUGUGACGAUGCUGGCCGCAAAAUCCAAGGUCGCUCCGCUGAAGACCAUGAGCGUCCCGAGACUGGAACUCUGUGCAUCCCAAUUGCUUGCCCGACUCCUCCUAUUCGUCUGUCGAUCGCUCGAUAUGCCGUAUACACCGACAUAUUGCUGGACCGACUCCCAAGUAGUUCUGGCCUGGCUGAGUCGCUCACCGGCCUGCUGGAAAACUUUCGUGGCGAAUCGUGUCGCCGACAUCCAAACGUCACUCCCAAACACCUCAUGGAGUCAUGUCUCCUCAGAUGAGAAUCCUGCCGAUUGCGCGUCACGCGGUAUUUCUCCCGCCGAGCUAGCCGCACAUUACCUAUGGUGGUCAGGUCCCUCCUGGCUUAUCCAGCCACCCGAACAAUGGCCAAAAGACGUCCUACCAGAAGCAACAAAAACCACUCUCGAAGAACGACCGCCUCUGUCGACCGCACAUACCACGACGGUCACCCCCUCAUGGGACUUAUCGAAACGGUACUCAUCCUGGUCGAAAUUGCUACGCGUCACUGCUUACAUCCAGCGAUUCGUCCGCAACAUCCGAUCCCAGCAGCAAGAUCCAUUCGUUAUCUCGCCGCCUUCCAUCGUCCUACUGCCUGUCGAAGUCGAAUCCGCGGAAAACUUCUGGCUACAGUCCAUCCAAGCCGAUUUGUUUCUAAACGAAAUAACCUCCCUGACAAACGCCGUGCCUAUUCCAAAAUCAAGCUCUCUGCUUCCGCUAAACCCGUUCCUCGACAAUCAAAAGCUUAUUCGCGUCGGCGGUCGACUGCGUAAUGCGAACAUCUCGGAAACCGCUCGACACCCCAUCGUCCUAAGGGACCACCCAUUAGUGAGAUUGCUGAUUCGCGAUACUCAUGGUGCCGAUCGUGAACUAACCACCGCGAUAAAACUUACUACCAAGGAUCCGAAUUUUCUGAAUCACUUGGCUACCGAAGGCACUGCCUGGCACUUCCUACCACCCUCCGCUCCACAUUUCGGAGGGCUGUGGGAAGCCGCAGUACGCAGUGUUAAGUAUCACCUUAAACGCUGUGUCGGGUCAUACACGCUUACGUUCGAGGAGCUCGCUACCGUGUUGUGUCGCAUCGAGGCUUGCCUAAAUUCCCGUCCAAUCGCGGCGGUGUCCGAGAACCUAGACGACUACCAGGCUUUAACUCCCGGUCAUUUCCUUAUCGGAGGACCUCUUAUGGCUGUCCCUGAACCCAGCGUUCUCGAGAUCAACGAGACCCGAUUGUCGCGAUGGCAAUUAAUACAGCGAAUUACCGAACAAUUCUGGAAAUCGUGGUCGAAUGAUUAUCUCCUUAACUUGCAGCAGAGGCCCAAGUGGAGGGUCGCGCAUAAGCUCGCUAAG